AUGACUUGUUGUGAGGGUUUUCCUGCACUUGUCUUUUCCAGAGCUGCACUGUUUUGGAUGGACAACCUGACGAUGGUAACUCCUCUCAAACAGCCCAUUGUGUUUGAGCUGGAGGGCUUCUAUGUUCCCCCCGGCUAUGGCGCCCUCUUGUUCUUCCUGGCUCUGUGUAACUAUGUGAUGUUGCUGCUGGCGAAUGGUGUGGUGAUGUGCAUCAUUAUCAUCGACAAGAACCUGCACAGACCCAUGUUUGUAAUGGUCUGUCACCUGGUAGUGUGUGACCUGCUGGGGGGCACGACGGUGUUGCCUCGCUUCAUGGUGCACUUCUUGACGGGCCAGAAGAGAAUGACCUACAUCGCAGCCAUCGCCCAGGCCUUCUGUGUGCACACCUACGGCUUCGCAAUGCAGACCAUCCUGGGUGUGAUGGCCUACGACAGGUACAUCGCUGUGUGUGAACCCCAGUAUCACGCCAUCAUGACCUCGGCCCGGCUGCACUCCUGCUGCGCCCUGGCCUGGGCUGCAGCUGUGGUGUGUAUCGUUGUGCUUUUUUCCUUCCAUGUGAACGCCCCGCUUUGUGGCAACAGCAUCAGACACGUUUACUGUAGCAACCGUGCUAUCCUGAACCUGGCCUGCAGUCCCACCCCAAUGAACAACAUCUAUGGUCUGUCCAUGAGCUGGUGUUUGAACACAAGCGUCUUCCUCAUCAUCGCUUUUACCUACCUCAGAAUCCUGCAUGCUACUGUAAAGCAAGGCAGAUCUGCCCGCAGUAAGGCCUUCCAGAAGUGCGCCCCCCACCUCGUUGUGUACGUGCUCUACCAAACAGCUUCAGUGAUUCUAAUUAUAAUUCAAAGGUUCCCCUCGCUCUCGCAAACCAUCAAGAGGUUCUUCAGCAUCCUGUUUAUUGUCAUUCCACCAGUUAUUAACCCCAUCAUCUACGGACUGGCCAGUAAGGAGCUGCGUACUAGCAUCGUCAAGCACUUUUACAAAUGUGGAAGUCGAUCACAAAAGAUUGGAGGAGUUUAA